AUAUAUUUAUAUGGCUUUAGGGAUAUUCAAGUUUAUCAAGAACGAUGCAAAGAACUAGAAAAAGCUGUUAUAGAAGCGCGUACUGCAUUGGAUGACUUUAAAAUGACAAGUAAAGAGCUUGAAGAUGCAUUAGAACAAGAACUUGAAUAUACGGAAAAACAAUAUGAAAUAUUAAAGGAAAAGAAUACAUGUUUAAAGAAAGAAGUAGAAAAAUGGAAGACGAAAUAUGAAGAAAUACAAUCAGAAAAUAUAGCAUCUACAACAGCUAUGGAAAAAGAAAUUGAAAGACUUCGAGAAGCACAUCGACUUAAUAAAUCAAAAAUAACAGAUCUUGAAUUAAGUAAUGAUGCAAUGGAACGUAAGGAAAGGGUAGUUCAAUCAUCAUUUGAAGAGUUAGAAAUAAAAUAUAAUAAAAUAAUAGAGGAGAAUGUAUUUCUUGAAGCAGAAUUAGCAUCACAAAAAUCUCUUGAAAUUGAACAUCAACGGUUAAAAGAUGAAUUGCGUGAUACACAACUUGAACUUUUAUUAGUGAAAGAAAAACUUGAACAAGUACAGGCAGAAAAAGAAGAAAUGAUAUCUAGAGCAUUAUUAUUACGUCCAGCACGCCGUGUCGAUAUAUCUAAUCAGAAAAUAACAACAUCAAUAGAAGAAGAUGUAGAGAAAGAAAAGAUUUCAGAGGAUCUGUCUUCUAGUCCUAAACCUAAAAUACCUAUCUCAAAAAUAAAGGAAAAACAUAUACUAUCACAUUCAGUUAGAAUGAUGCAAGAAAUGUCAAAACAUGUUAAGAACCUUGAAUCACGUCUUCAAUCAUGUCGCAUAUUUAUAAAACCACUUCUAUUACGUUCAAAAUUUUUAGAACAACCGAUUUCACCUACUAUAAUAUCCAAGUCAAACGAGAAUCAUAAACAAAUAUCAGAAACAUUAAAAUCAUCAGAGAAUAAGUUCAUAAUGCCAUUACCAGAAUCUCAAAUUCCAUAUACAUCUUUUGAAAUUCCGCUAGCAUCUUCUGAACCAUUGUCUAAAAAUGAAUCAUUGAUCUAUCAUUUGCAUGAACCUGUAACACCAGUUAGUACAAAGAUUUAUAAACCAUCUUAUACAUCAGAUACAUCAUUAUCAAAAACAAAUCUACAAAAGACAACAGAUCGAUCAAAAAAUGAUACAGUUAAAUCUUUUCGACGCCUUUCUAUUAAAAAAAUGAUAUUUGAUAUGAAUCCAACAAAAUCACCUAAAAGACAAACCAUGCCCUAAGCAAUUCCAGUUUACAG